CCCCCCCCGCCCACAGCUGUGUCCCCGACUCAGGAGUCUCAAGUUAAACCUCCAGUUCUUCUAGUCCCGGUUCGAAUUGAUACCAGUUCGACAACCACCCCCGGACGAGGUCGUGCAGGAGCGAAGAUGGGUGGCAUUCCGUGGCAGAGUAAAGGUUGCAGGACGUGUCGGAAGCGGAAGAUCAAGUGCGAUCAACAGGAACCCGAGUGCGCACGGUGCCGGAAGACGGGAAUCAAGUGUUUGGGUUACGACAGGGACCGCUUCUUCGUUCAUCAAGUCACUACUGGAAAGUCCAAAAAAUCCACUAAUACUGGCACUACUGCCGGUGGUGGUGGAAGUGGUGGUGGUGGUGGUGCUCCGAAAGGCGCGGGGAAGCUUCAAGUCGCUAAACGCCCCCCGCUGCAGCCCCAACAGCCAUGGAUCAUGCCGCAGGCAGUGGCCGCGGGCCCAGCGAUGCGCGGCCAAGUGUUUUCCGAAUUUACGAAUAUCUAUUUCCCACAGAGUAUUGAUACGAGCUAUGCGCUCGAUGUAUGGCAUUACCUGAUCUCGGGGUUUUCCACGCUACCGAAGAAGACGGAGAUGUUGGAUAAGGCGAUUGCAGCGUUGGCGUGCUUCUAUUUGGGCAAGCAGCGAAAAGAUGACCGUCUCUUUCAUCACGGCAUUCAGCUGUAUAAUAGUGCCAUUCGCCAUCUUUCCAUCAUGAUGAGUCAGAAUAACUACUGCGACGACAUCGUGUAUACGACGAUCGUCUUUCAAGAAAUAGAGUCAUGUUACUGCCCCCAUGGCCUGCAUAUAUGGGUCGCACAUAUUGCAGGCACCAAUGCGAUCCUAAGGCACUUUCGUCGAAGGGCAGGGAAGAACCCUUUGAUCGACGCCAUUUACAAUCAACACCAAAAGCUACGAAUACUAUUCUCAACGACGGGUAGGGGCAUGUCCCCCGAAGAUUACGAGUAUCUCACAAAACCGUGCGACGAUCGACCCGUGAACGGAUUAAUGAAAUUCUACGGCGAGGCCUCGCCCAUAGUAGACGCAAUCAACAGCGUCGAUGCCUCGGACUAUCAAGCCUGUCAAGCAGUCCUUGCCAAAUGCAUCGCGCACAAGGACGCUCUGCUGGCCUGGUACACGGCUCACAAAAAAGAUUUCGGCGGAGGGCCCUCCGAAUGCGAGCCCGGCACAACGUUAAAUCCACGACUUUCGCCGACGGACGACCUGUUCGGUGUAUCCUACCGCUUUUCCUCACUCGAUAACGCAAAGCUACACAUUGUCUUCUGGGUCGCGUUAUCCAUCAGCCACCGCAUGAUCUACGAAGCCCGAGGCCUCGUCCUCUCCCACAGCAACGCCCUCGACAUACCCACCGACCGCACCCAAGACGUGGACCUGCUACUUUCAAUGUUCUACCAUGACGAGAUUGGCCGGUCGGUCCCGUACUGCGUGCAAGAUUCCAUGAAGUCCUGGGGCUUCUCCUCGCUACUAUGGGGCCUCAGUCAACUCCUCAACCCCUACGCCGAAGCGGGGAAUUGGGAGAAAUUUGUCUGGUGCCAGAAGGCGUUGUUGCUUGGCUCCGAGCGCGGUUAUGAGUCUGCGGUCCGUCUGAGUGAAAUAUUUUGGGCGGUUUGGCAUCGAGUGAACCCUCGAGAGAAGAGGUUCAUGGGACUUUCGCUGGGUGAUUUUGAUCCGCAGUAUAAAGAUACGCAGGAACAGCAUUAUAUGAAGCUGGUGGAUAGGACGGUGGAGCCGGUUGUGUUGGACACGCCGCCCGAGGAGAGUUUAUAGGGGGUUUAUUGCAUUGGGUUGGUGCUGGCUUGGGAAGGAACUGGUUUCCGCCAAGAGAAACAUCUCCAAUUAUCAACGUGUGGACAAAUUGGACUCUCUACUCAAUCCUGCGAAGAUUGUCAUGAUUCAUCAAAUAUUCCUCCCCAGUUCAGUUUCAAUGUACAAAUAUCUCAUAAUGACAAGUCUCACAUAUCCCAUCAUCACACCCAAUCUAACACUUACUGCCAUCCC